UGCACAGCCUCUCUCUCGUCCCCGCUCGGCCUGCAUAUAUGGUGCUUCUUCUUGACUGCCAUGCCAAUCAACGCGAUGGGUAGACACUCGCAAGACUCGUCCCCAGCCACCUUUCAAACAUUUCUGAUAGUACCACUCAUGGCGAGGUAGCCUGCUGCUGUCGGAUCAAGGUCCUCGGCGAGCAUUCCCGCGUUGCUGCGCGCCAGAAGGGCCCAGCUCGCGGUCGAGCCCAGAGGAAGCGCAGGUCAUCGGGAUCACCGAUUCAUGCCCAGCUCGCUCUUGCCAGUCUCAAUCAUGGCUGCCCCGGCUGCUGGCAGACGCUCAAGUCUGGAUCACCGGAUAUGGCUGGUGCUUGUGCUGUUCAUCGCAGCGCUCGUCGACGUCGCCUUUGUCCGAUCAUUCCUCACCCUACCCUCGGCGCUGUGCAUUUCUCAGCGAUGCCGCAUGUCUCGCAUGUGGCCCUCCUACAUUCAGUACAAGGUGCCUUCCCCUUCAGGGCUGAGUGCAAAGUACAGCUUGUACUUGUACAGGGAACGAGGUCCAGAUGGACUGCCUUGGACCGAGCAAGCCAGCGAGCCUAAAGGGAGACCUGCUCUCUUCAUUCCAGGCAACUCUGGAAGUCACGGGCAAGUGCGCAGCGUGGGUAGCUGGGGUUAUCAGGAAUGGAGGGAUGGAGAAUGGCGCGGCGAUGUGAGCAAGGGAAAGGAGGUGGAUUGGUGGACAAUCGACUUCAACGAAGACUUUUCGGCUUUUCAUGGUCCCACGCUGAUGGAGCAAGCGGUCUACGUGAACGAGGUGCUGUCCUACCUCUCCAGCUACUUUCCCAAGCAGCCCAUUCUGCUGCUGGGACACAGCAUGGGCGGCGUCGUCGCCCGUCUGUCGCUCUUGCAGCCCAACCACCCCGUUGCGGACUCAGCUGGAGCGCCCAUCGUCGAUACCAUCGUCACGCUGAGCAGUCCCCAUGUCUAUCCACCCGUGCCUUUGGACGACUCUAUCGAAUCGCUCUACGCUCCUCUGCGGCAUCAGAGUCUCGCAGCGCACGCGAAUGCUACGCCGCCUUUGCUCAUUUCAAUCUCUGGUGGCUUGCUUGAUACGCAGCUGCCUGCCGAGCCCUCAUCCCUCUCUCUGUCCGACUUCUGGCCAGCUCGGGCCAGACUGGACUCCUUCACCUCAAAUAUGCCUGCACUGUGGUCCAGCGUGGACCAUCUGGCCAUGAUGUGGUGCGAUCAACUGAGACGCAAGGUGGCACGCGGAGCACUACUCGAUACGGAUGCGUCGUCUAGUCGAUCUUCGGAACAAGGACUUUCUCGACGCCGUGAGCUCUGGCGACGCGUAAUUGGUCUCGCUCCUGACACCUUCUCCGACGUGGAGCUUCUUGCGCACCUCCCGCCUGCUAUCCUCAGGUCGUCAAUGACGGGUUCUGAAGACAGAGACACACUUUUGUACACUGUGCCUGUCGCGCUCAAUUCAGAACAAUAUCCAGACUUUGAUCUCCUCACGACGCUCUCUGUGGGAGCAGAUCCAUCGAGCUUCAGACCAAUGCAGCAAGACGCGGACCUCGAAGUGGAGCUUUGCAAGAAAGACCUCGCGCAGCCAGGAGGAGCCGGUCUCAAUUGCCAGCGUCUGCCUUCUUCUGCAUACGGAUUGUUGCCUCCUUCGCCCAUCGCGAGUCAUGAAGAGUCCGACCAGUGCCCUCCCCCCUUUCCUGCGGCCGAGACGCACUAUGAGAUUCCUGGCGUUGGAACGACGCAUUUGAGUCUUAGCGGAUCACUCCUCAAAUCCGAGAAGAUCGAUGCUGUACGCAUUCGUCGAGCUCAGAGCGAGCAGGAAAAGGGCUGGUGGCGAGCGGGCUGGGCCUUCAAGAGUCAAGCUCACUCAGAUGGCACCUUACCGCUCGCAUCGUUGACCAACACUCUUCAGUCAGGCGCUCAGUCAGGCGCCAGUAUUCAAAGUCCAGUCUUGAGGGCUGCGUUCCCUGCCCUCUUCGACAACUCACUGCUGGCUUUUAAACUCACCUUCACACUAUCCUCCAGGUGUUCGCAAGGAAGCAUGUCGUUCGCUCCGUUUGCCCGCGUCUUAAAUCCGGUCACGGGCGACGCUGCGUGGUUCGCCUCUCUGUGGAGCUCGAGUCAGCUCACCCUGGAAAGGAAGUUCGCGCUGCACGGUUCGUCGCCUUUCAUCAAUUCCCCGCAGCGUGGACUUCAAUUGGAAGUCUUCUACGACCAGAAUGGGUGCGAUUCCAAACAAACAGCCGGCGCGUUGGGCCCUUUCGAAGAAGUGAAAACAUACACGGACUGGAAAGCGAGCGCUGGUCUGCUUCUGAUGCGAUAUCGACUGGCUGCUGUGACGUGGCCGCUUGCAAUCUUGCUGUGGACAGCUGCUGGCAUGUGGAGUGAUCGAGAAAGCGACCUUCCCUCGCUGCUGUCCCGGCUCGCAUCAGUGCGCCAUAGUGGACUAUUUCCGCUCAUGGUCACUACGGCCUUCCUAAGCUCUGCGCAACAAAUUCUCUUUCGCAUCUUCCCUCAUCGCACGGGGCACGCUGCAAUCCUCGACCUUUCGCUUGGUCUUGGUCAUUUUCCGAUCGCGUAUUCCCUGGUCCUUGGCCCUGCCCUGCUCUUGCUGUCGCACAGCGCUUGUCUCGUCGUUGCUGUGCUUUCGUGGUGCUGCAUCGCAAUUUCAGCUCGUCUAGCACGUGCUUCCAGAGUACACAGAAGGCUGGAUUGGGGACCUGCUCCAUCGAGCAAGGUGACCAUCAAGAAGAGGAGUUGGAUUGGCGUGGCUGUGCUAGGGGUCUCCGUGAUCUUGUUGCUUCCCUACCAGUUUGCGUUCUUGGCAAGUACGCUUCUUGUAGGCUUUGCUGCUUGCCGCAGUCACGCGACGCAAGUGCAGCUUCAGCGGGACAAAUCUGCACCUCAAUCCGCAUCAGCAUUGGCAUCUGGCAGCGCCAUCGAGGGAUCAACACGGGGUGAUGGCACCGCCGAAUCCUCAAUUCACAGUCACAGUCAAGAGCGAGCUAGACAGCACUUCUUGCUGCUCAAUAUACUGCUUUGGCUCCUGCCCCUCAAAGCUCCUGUCCUCCUCGUAUGGGCCCGCAACCUUGGCGCUGGGUGGGUCGCUCCGCUCGGAGGGCCAGAUCACAACGUUCUACGAGUUGCGCCUGUAUUGAUCCUCGCUCAAAUCAUCACGAGCGGAAGAUCGAUCGAGAGAGGCUGGGCUUGGUGAGUGCUGCGCCUUUCUCGCGCGUACACUACUGGUGCUCGCUAACCUGCCGUCGUCAUCGCCAACGCCCUCACGCUUGCAGGUGGGAGAAGGCGGCCACGGCGACACUCAUGAAAGCUCUAGCCAUCUACACUCUCGCUUACGGCAUCAGGCAUGCCUACCAGCUCUACACUAUUGCCGUACUAGGCAUCUUUGUCUCGAUGCUUCUCAUCCACGUGUGGAGCCGGUACCGCAUUUCGGGAGGGUCUUUGCAAUCGUCUGCGCCUGUGGAGAUGUCCUCUGGACGUGGCCAGUACGAAAGGCUGCAAUGACAUAUGUAUCAUGGACAGCACGAUGUGGAAAGGGAGUAUGAUCGGCCUGAGUGCUUGACAAAGGCGGCGAGGGAGCAGGGGUGGGUGAGAUAAGAUGUCGAGGUGAUGCUCAGGCUCGCCGAUGAUAUCCGUCUUCGUUGACUGGGUCUCCAGUCCGCGUCCUCAAGCGAGCAGGGUCGCUCACAC